AUGUCUCAAGGGUACAAAGAAAUAGAACAAUUACCUCCCUUCUCUGUGAGGCGGUCAAGGAGAUCAUUGUACUUCUGGUUUAAGAUAAGGCAGAUUAUUUACGUAAUUCAUCCAUAUGACAGUGUGAUGUGCUUUGUUUGCCUACAGGACUCAAUUACUGGAAUUGUCAACUCCUUCAGCCUAUUUUUCCCAUCCACUAUGAGCAGAUCACCUCUGCUGCCCACCUAUGUGGCUUUCUGUAGCAUUCUCUUCCUCACCUUGGCUACAGGAUGUCGAGCUUUCCCAAAGGUGGGAAGGAGGGAGACAGGACAUGCAUAUGCAGAGAGAGAGCAGUCCCAGAAGAUGAACACAGAUGACCAAGAAAGCAUCUCCAUUGCUCCAAAGUACAUGAUGCAGCAGAUGUCCUCUGAAGUUCCAAUGGUACUGCCUUCAGAGCUUUCAGUGACAGCAUUAAAUGAAGUAUUCUUUGUCAACAAAGAGAGCCACCUUCCAGGAGCUGGGCUUCUGCAUCCUACCAGCCCUAGCAUCUACUCUUCCAGCGAGCCAGUGGUCUCAGUCAGUGAAGAAGAGCAUGGCCUCAGGCAGCUUGACAGAAUGUCUACAGAGCACAGCCUUUCCAAGGCCAUGCUAACUGUUGCUGCAUCUUCACCUUCUUCUCUGAAUCCUAACCAGGAGGGACCCUACGGCAGUUCAAGCACCCAGCCUAUUGUACAAGGGAUCACAGAUGUAACACAUGGUUCCUUGGAAUACUUAGAUAACCAGUUGUUUGCAACUGAAAGUCAAGAAGCAGUUAGCUUAGGGAAUUCACCUUCUUCCUCUGUAAAUACCAAAGAACCUGAGAAAAUCAAAGCAGAUGCAGCCACGGGAAUUACUGCCUUUCCUGGUGGUGAUUCCACAAGAAACACAGCGCCUGAUGGGGAGAGGCCCUCAGAGAUGGCAGCUGAUGAUGUGCAGAGCACUACCACCAAGUAUUUGGUGACAGUCCCCAAGAAUGUCCUGACUAUUGAGCCAACAGCUGGCAGUAUUCUGAGGGACCCUAAGGUCACAGUGAGUGGCAGCACACCUGACCCAGUCUCUUCUGUCUUCAGUGAGGAGUGGGAUGACACUAAAUUUAAGAGCAUAAGUCGGGGGAGGCCCCCAGAGCUAGGAGACAAUGCAGAGACUCAAGUGAGAACAGAACCACCACAUGGGACCUAUGAGAGCUUUGAGGGGACUGGGGAGAGCCCCACUUCCACAGUGGCUACAAAGGUGGCUCCAGGGCUCCCAGGAGACACACCCUUGGGAACAGCCCUGGUAACUGCUCUAGGGGAUGAGAGGUCACCAGCCUUGUCCCAUCACAUGUCCUUCACUCCCACGAGUUUGGCAGAAGACCCUGAAGUUUCCACUCCAAAGCUGUUCCCAAGUUCAGGAGGCUUCAGAGCAUCCACCCAGAAGGUUAGAACCCAGCUCCCCUCAGAGACUCAAGUUUCUACCUCUCAGUAUGAGUCCGUGCCACAGCAGACAGCAGGACAUAUGUUAAAAGAGAUGACAAUGGCCACUCAAGAAACAGAUGCCACAUUGCCUGUGGUGACACAAGAGCAUAUGGCCGCCAUCGAGGUUCCCAGAGGCAGUGGGGAGCCUGAAGAGAGCCUGCCAUCGCUCCCUCCGGUGUCUGCUGAAGUGGGUGAUGCCGAGCUGUCCAGAAGAUGGGAGUCUCUGGCCACUCCAGCCUCCACCACUCUUGUCCCUGUGUCUCUCAAACUUACCUCUUCUAUGGAAGAUCUCUUGGAUACAAUCACUGGGCCAAACGAAGAAUUCAUACCGGUUUUGGGCUCUCCAGUGGCACCCCCUGCAAUGACUAUGGAGGCUCCCACAAUUUCUCCAGCACUCCCUUCUGAGGGAGGAACUAGUCCGUCCAUCAGCCGCCCAAAUACAGCUGCCUCCUAUGGCCUAGAACAACUGGAAUCUGAAGAGGUAGAAGAUGAUGAGGAUGAAGAGGACGAAGAUGAAGAGGAAGAAGAGGAAGAUGAGGAAGAUGAAGAUGAUGAGGAAGAUAAAGAGACAGACUCCUUGUAUAAGGACUUUGUUGUUGACACUGAGCCACCAGGGUUUACUGUGCCUGGCAUCACGUCCCAGGAACCUGAUAUAGGUCCAGGAACUGUGGAUCUACUAGAGGUAGCCACCUACCAGGUGCCAGAGACCAUUGAGUGGGAACAGCAGAAUCAAGGACUGGUGAGGAGCUGGAUGGAAAAGCUGAAAGACAAGGCAGGCUACAUGUCUGGAAUGCUGGUGCCUGUUGGGGUAGGGAUAGCUGGAGCCUUGUUCAUCUUGGGAGCACUAUACAGCAUUAAGGUUAUGAAUCGCCGAAGAAGAAAUGGAUUCAAAAGGCAUAAAAGGAAGCAGAGAGAAUUCAACAGUAUGCAAGACAGAGUGAUGCUGUUAGCUGAUAGCUCUGAAGACGAAUUCUGA